AUUGAUAUUUCUAGUAAGUAAAUAAUAUGCGGAUUAAAGUUGAUAAAGUUGUUUAUUUUGUUCUUGUAAAGCGAAAUAUUGAUAUUUUUUCAAAGUGAUAAAUUUAUCUCUCCAAUAAAAACGUCUCAAGUCAUAGCGACACUGUACUGGUGGUUUGUGCUAACGAGCCCUUUCGAUGUUUUUGAGUUCGCAGUUCAGAGUGUUGGUUUUGGUGCGGAAUAUUAAAAUUAUUAGAAAAUUUCAAGGAAAAAUUAAUUCCAACUGAGAUAAAACGACUAAUUAAAGGUUUUUCACCAUGGGUGAACGCAAGGGACAAAAUCACUACUAUCCGCCGGAUUACGAUCCCAAGGUGGGAAGCCUUAACAAAUGGCACGGAACGCACGCACUCCGGGAACGGGCCCGGAAAAUCCACCUGGGGAUUAUCAUCAUCCGGUUCGAAAUGCCUUACAAUAUCUGGUGCGAUGGAUGCAAGAAUCACAUCGGCAUGGGUGUACGGUAUAACGCGGAGAAAACAAAAGUGGGCAUGUAUUAUUCUACGCCAGUCUACCAAUUUCGGAUGAAAUGCCACCUAUGCGAUAAUCAUUUCGAGAUAAAAACGGAUCCAGCGAAUUUGGAUUAUGUCAUAGUGACUGGCGCACGUCGACAGGAAAACCGAUGGGAUCCCACUCAGAACGAACAAAUAGUUCCUGAAACGAAAGAAGUUCAGAAGAAGCUGUUCGAUGAUCCUAUGUACAAAUUGGAACAUGGCGCUAAGGACACAAAGGCAGCGGAAGAUGCAAAACCAGUACUCGGUAGAUUGUAUCAGCGAAAUACAAGCAUUUGGAAAGAUGAUUUUGAAGCCAAUAGUCGUCUACGCGCUGAAUUUAGGGCCACCAAGAAACAACGGAAACUACAGGAGGACAAAGAUAACGCCCUGCUAGCUAAAUCUAGUCUGGAUAUAACAUUGCUACCGGAGAGCGAUUCGGAUCGCAAGAUGGCAUCACUGAUGCGACUGCAUUCGGCAAAGUCGGUUGUGGAAAAAGAUCGCGAUCGGCGAAGUGCCAUCCUGACCCGACCUGCCUUGCCAUCUACCUGCACUGGGGAACCAUCCGUUGUCAAGGUCAAGAGUUCAGGUGCAAAGCUGAAUCGAAAUAGUUUGGGCAUUGUCAAGAGACCGGCUUCUUCAACCGUUAGAAGUCUCACCAGUAAAGCGAGUCAAGUCGAACAAGAUUUAACCAAAAAACCAAAAUUAUUGCUUUGUAAUUAUAGUUCUGGAUCUAGCGAAAGUGAUUGAAUUGUAGUAUAUUUACAUAAUAUAUAACUAUUAAAGAUAAAUCUUAUAAGAA